AAUAAACGGGAAAUGCUCAAUCUCCUGGCAGCGAUUUCCAAGCUGUGGGGAAAGCCCAGUUGCUGAAAGGAAAAGAAAAGCAUAUAUUGUGAAACUAACAUAGUUCGUUUCAGGCAGCAGCAGCACCAGCAGCAGCGAGCUAUGGCUGCUGGAAUUUCUUUUCAGGAUCUUGCUCAAGAAGCCACUUGUCCCAUCUGCCUGGAAUAUUUCAAGGAUCCGGUGACCAUCGCAGAGUGUGGGCACAAUUACUGCCGAGCCUGCCUGGUCAAGUUCUGGGGGGAAUCAGCUGUAGCCGGUCUCUGCCCUGAAUGCAGAGAAACAGGUCAGCUGAAAAAUCUCAUCCCCAAUCGGCCAUUGUCCAACAUUGUGAAAAUACUGCCCACUGAGGAAUAUCAUCUCCAAGAAGAAAAUGUGGCAGAAGGACCAAGAACAGUCUGUGAGAAGCACCAGCAACCCCUCAAACUCUUCUGUAGGGACGAUGUGACUCCUGUCUGCGAGCAGUGCAAGUUAACAGAAGAACAUAAAGACCACGAGGUGAUUCCUGGGGAGGAGGCUGCUCAGGAGUACAAAAAUCAGAUCUGUUGUUGCAUACCUAAUCUCAGGAAGGUGGAAGAGAAGCUUCUGUCAUCUCAAGAAGACACUGUUCAGGAAACUCAACGUCUGCUUGAAAAAGCAGAAGGAGACAGACAAAAGAUGGUGGAUACAUUCAAAGAGUUGCACCAGCUUCUGGAAAUAUCAGAGAAAACUUUUCUGGGUCAGCUGAACAAUACAAAAAAGGAGAUUGAGGAGGAAAAGGUGGAACACCUGGCCAGGAUUUCAAGGGAACUCUCCUCUCUGACGAUACUGAUCCAAGAGAUGGAGGAGAAAUGCCAACAGCCGGCCAGUGAACUCUUAGAGGAUGUGAGAAGCAUCUUGCAAAGGUCUGAAAUGAAGGAGAAGUCUGAGAUGCCCCUGCCGUUUCCUUCCAUUUUGAAGUGGCUGGUCUGGGCCUCCUGGACGGAUAAUGUCUAUCUCGAGAGCAUCACAAAGCAGUUGAAAGAUUCCUUGCAUGUUGGAGUUGAGCUGCAUAAAGAAUUUUUGACAUUCGAUCCAGUCACAGCUCAUCCCUGCCUCAUCCUGUCAAAGGAUGAAAAAAAGCUGAAGAUGGAAGAGGAAUAUCGAGAUUUGCCCAGCCAUCCAGAGAGAUUCAACCAAGUCCCUGCUGUUCUGGCGAAGGAAGGCUUUUCUUCCGGAAGACAUUUCUGGGAUGUCGAAGUGGGACUUGAGAAGGAGUGGGCCAUGGGAGUCGCCAGGAAAUCUGUGCGGAGAAAGGGUGCGCUUGGUUUUGGUGCCAAAGAAGGGAUCUGGGUCAUCGGGACGUGGGGGUCUCAUUACUUGGCUCUCAACCAUCCUGACUUCAACAUCGUGCGCCCAAGUGAGCCACUCAAGAAGAUCAGAGUAUUCCUGAACUAUCUCGGGGGCACCAUAGCCUUCUUUGACCUUAAGACAACACGGCUGCUCUUCACCUUUUCGGGCGCACAGUUCUUUGGAGAACCAGUAUACCCGUUUUUUUUCCUGAAUGGGAAAUCUCAAUUUAGGCUUGCCAGCAGUUAGUUACUUACUUAGACAAUCACUCGUUGUCCGAGUAUGAUGGCCUUCCAAGUGCAGUGUCCUGGCGGUGGAUACGUAUGUGACUGUGGAGCCCUAUUCUUGACCCGCAAGUUCUUCCACAGUGAGGACAUUGGUUUCCAGGUGGAAGGCAAUCCUGGUUUGGGUUGGCUUGACAUGCCUUUCUCUUGGCACAUUUCUUCCUUUUGGCCUCCAUUCAGCAGUUAGUCAGAUGUCCUGCACAGGCUCUGCUGACACUAGACUCCAAACACACAAUUAAAACCACGUUUUGAAAUCAUGGAAAUUUGAGGCGCUUGCUUUUUGAAAACCUUGGCACAACACAUAAUUAAAGUUGGGACUCCCCAUCUCUGAUGUUGUGAGGAGAGGAGAGCAUGGAAAUAAUUAAUUACUUCUAACAAUUAUAUUUUUUUCCUUUGGUCACCUGUGUUUGAAAGGGAGUGGCGGCGGGUAGAAUAAGUAUCUGGCUAUGUCUGAACAGCCGGAUGUGAAAUGAUGACGUUAUCGAAUUGAAGAUCUAUCUUUUCUGACAGGUCUAUUCAGUCAAUUGUACACUGUGAAUAUUAAAUUGGAUCUCAUUGCUAUGAAUGGUUUUAAUAGGUUUUCAUCUUAUGUCCUUUAAAAUAUUAUUUUAAUGGUCUUACAUUUCAUCUAUGUGCUUUAAAUAUGUUAUACUUCCUCCACCCUUGAGGAGAGGUGGUUAAGAAAUAAAUUUUAUUUUAUUUUCUGCCCAUUUAAUCAUGCAAUUUUUUACUGUUUCCUCUUCUGUGGACCACUCCAAUAGUUUAUUAUAAGUUUUUGUAAUUAUCUUAUUUUCCGUUUCUAAGAUUUUAUCCCAAAAUUGCUCACUUUGGCUGAAUUCAAUUUCUCUAUCUUUAUUGUACUGUUCCUUAAUCUGUAGAUAGUGUAGCCAGGAGAUGUGGGUAAAAUGUCAAAAAUCAUUGUUCUCACUCUUUCGUUGUUAUCUAAUUAUUUUAUAUACCAAUAAAAUUUAUUUUAAAAAAAAGAAAUAAA